AUGGGUGAAAGCAAUUCAGCUUCAGUAUCAAGAAAAAAUACAUUACCCAAGAAAUUCAUUAAAAUUUUUGGUGGGGUUUCAAAUGAUGAUGAGAAUAAAAAUUCAAUACCGUCUUCCCAACCUUCUAGAGGUAAUUCCGUGAAAUUACAGAAACCAUCAAAUAAAACUCCAGGCUCUUCAACAAACGUUUCAAGAACCUCUUCUAUCAAGUCAAACCAACAACAAUUGUCACACCAUAUCUCAGAGUCAAGUUUUAAUGCAAAUGUAAUUUUAAAGAACACAUCCAUUCAAUCGAAUGAAAAUACUACAAAACAACAUUUAAAUAUCACACAAUCAUCUACUUCUUCUACUUCAUUAUUAUCUUCCUUAUCAGGUUUAUCGCUAUCAAACCAACCUCCUAACUCAGGUUACAAUAAUCCAAGUAGUAUCAAUCCUAGAAGCACUUCAGGCACAGCUGCAAGUUCAGUAGCUAGUAUCACAUCUUUUAACUCAACGACCAGUUUUAAUAAUGGUGGCGAGUCUAGCAGUUCUACUAAUGUGACACUAAAUUCCAUGAAUUCCCAUCUUCCUUCUGGGAGAUUCACUUUAUUUGAAGAUGGAACACAUGUUCACAAUUUAAAGGCUGCUGUAAGACAAGAAAAGUUACGUAAUAUGUUGAAAGGUAUAAUGGGAACAGAAAAGAUCAAAGCACAAGCAAAGUCUGCCGUUCCUGAAAUUUUGUUAGAUACUAAAAAUCCUAUGCAAGGUGAUCCACCUACGUUGUUUUCAGGAUUGAUAAGAAUUGUAAAAGAAUCAGACACUGAAAUCCCUACAAUAAGUGGUGCAACAUACGAUGAGAAGAAAGUUAUAUAUAAUUCAAAUCAUAAUCAAGAAUAUGACGAUAUUCUAGCCUCAUUCAAUUUAAACAAUGAUUCAUUAUCAUUCGCUGAAAAAUAUGGCCGUUGCCAAGAAGUUAUUGGUAAGGGUGCCUUUGGUACAGUAAGAUUAUGUCAUAAAAAAGAUCAAAAAAAUCUGAAAUCAGAAACAUUAUAUGCUGUAAAAGAAUUUAAUAAAUAUUCUUCUGAAUCGGGAGAAGUCUAUUCUAAAAGACUGAUAUCGGAAUUUUGCAUUUCAUCUUCAUUGAAGCAUUCAAAUAUCAUCACUGCAUAUGAUUUAUUUCAGGAUGCAAAAGGUGAGUAUUCAGAAGUUUUAGAGUAUUGCUCAGGUGGUGAUUUAUUCACACUUAUUAUUGCCGCCGGUAAACUUGAGAUACCAGAGGCAGACUGCUUCUUCAAACAGUUAAUAAGAGGUGUAGUAUAUAUGCAUGAUAUGGGCGUUUGCCAUAGAGAUUUAAAACCAGAGAAUUUAUUAUUAACAUUCGAUGGUGUUUUAAAAAUUACAGAUUUUGGGAAUAGUGAAUGUUUCAAGAUGGCAUGGGAAAAUGAUAUCCAUUUGAGCAGUGGAAUUUGUGGCUCGAGUCCAUAUAUAGCACCUGAAGUAUUUACAUUAAAAGAGUUCGACCCUCGUCCCGUAGAUAUAUGGGCAUGUGGUGUUAUUUAUAUGGCUAUGAGAUCUGGCAGACAGCUUUGGGGAACUGCUGAAAAGACAGACGAAUUUUAUCGUCGUUAUUAUAAAGGUCGUAAAGAUAAGGAUAUAUUCGAGCCAGUUAAAGCGAUCAAGAGAUCAAUCUGUAGGAACGUGAUAUAUGCAACUCUUGAUCCAUCCCCUCAAAGAAGAAUCAAUGGUAAACAAAUAUUGAAUUCUGAAUGGGGUCGUGAAAUAAAAUGUUGUCACGAAAGCCAUGCUCUAUAA